UGUGGGGUCCGGGGAGAGCGGAAAUAGUGAAUGCGGGGUCCGGGGAGAGCGGAUAUAGUGAAUGUGGGGUCCGGGGAGAGCAGAUAUAGUGAAUGCGGGGAUCCGGGGAAAGCGGAUAUAGUGAAUGCGGGGUCAGGGGAGAGCGGAUAUAGUGAAUGCGGGAUCCGGGGAAAGCGGAUAUAGUGAAUGCGGGGUCACGGGGAGAGCGGAUAUAGUGAAUGCGGGGUCCGGGGAGAGCGGAUAUAGGAAUGCGGGGUCCGGGGAGAGCGGAUAUAGUGAAUGCGGGGUCCGGGGAGAGGGGAUAUAGUGAAUGCGGGGUACGGGGAGAGCGGAUAGUGAAUGCGGGGUCCGGGGAGAGCGGAUAUAGUGAAUGCGGGGUCCGGGGAGAGCGGAUAUAGUGAAUGCGGGGUCCGGGGGGAGAGCGGAUAUAGUGAAUGCGGGGUCCGGGGAGA